ACGCGAUCUCUGCCUUGGAAUUGCAUGUUGGAAGCACGCUUGUUAGAUGAAUCCACUCGUCCUCCUUUCAUGAUUUUAGAGCGAUUCGGCGAUGAUCCAGCCUUUAAUACAAUCACUCACUCAUUGAUCCUUAUAUAAAGGAGGAAGGAAGAACUUUUUCAGUAGCUCGUUCUGUCAUCAAAACCAAAUGAGAGAUGCGUCGUCCCCGCUCCUCAACUACGCGCACCUCAGCGGCCUCCUCGCCCGCUGCGGCCGCGCCGGGGACCUCCGCCUCGGCGCCGCGCUCCACGCCGUUGUCGCCAAGAACCCCGCCCACUUCCGCCUCUGCCCGCGCCGCGCCUGCCUCCGCCACGCGCUCGUCGCCUGGAACGCGCUCGUCGCCAUGUACGCCCGCUGCGGCCGCAGCGGGGACGCCACCAGGGUGUUCGACGAAAUGCCCGUCCGGGACUCCGUCUCCUGGAACUCCCUCCUCUCCUCCGCCUCCGCGUCCUCCGAGGACGCGCUCGCGCUGCUCAGGCGGAUGCUGCGAUCGGCCCCAGGCGCGGGGGCGUGUGACCACGCCACGCUCACGACCGUCCUGUCGGCGUGCGCGCGCGACGGCGCGGCAGCCCUCCGGGGGUGUACCGCGGUGCACGGGCUGGCGGUCUCGUGCGGGCUCGACGCGGGGGUGUCCGUCGGGAACGCGCUCGUGACCGCCUACUUCGAGUGCGGCUCCCCGGGACCGGCGGAGCGUGUGUUUGACGCGAUGACGGAGAGGAACGUCAUCACGUGGACGGCGAUGGUCUCCGGGAUGGCUCGGGCGGAGCGUUACGAGGAGAGCCUCGCUCUGUUCUGGCAAAUGAGGCGCGCGGUGGACGCCAACAGUGCGACGUACUCGAGCUCCCUGUUGGCUUGCGCUGGCUCACUUGCAGCCAUGGAAGGCCAGCAGAUUCAUGGGCUUGUCGUGAAGGCUGGAUUCGACACCGACCUCCAUGUCGAGAGCGGGCUCAUGGAUGUGUAUUCCAAAUGUGGUUUGAUGGACGAUGCCCUCAGAGUGUUCCGCUCAUGUCAGAAUCCUGAUGAAGUCUUCUUCACAGUGAUUUUGGUUGGAUUUGCUCAAAAUGGACUGGAGGAGAAGGCAUUCGAAUUGUUCGCUGAGAUGGUCAGCGCAGGAAUUUACAUAGAUGCAAACACGGUUUCUGCGGUUCUCGGGGCCUUCGGUGCUUCUGCGCCUUUUGCUCUUGGGAAGCAAAUCCACGCACUGGUCAUCAAGAAAUGCUUUGGAGGGAACGCAUAUGUCUGCAACGGUCUGAUCAACAUGUAUUCGAAAUGCGGUGAAUUACAAGAAUCUGUUCAAGUGUUUGAUGGAAUGCCAACUAAGAACUCGAUUUCCUGGAACUCCAUCAUUGCAGCUUUCGCGCGACAUGGCCACGGUUCCGAAGUUUUUCAACUGUUUGAGUCAAUGAAAGCUGAUGGUGCCAAGCCCACUGAUGUCACUUUCUUAUCGCUGCUCCACGGAUGCAGCCAUGUUGGAUCAGCCAAGAAGGGACUGGAGACCUUGAAUUCCAUGUCAUCACAGUAUGGGAUCCAUCCAAGGGUGGAGCAUUAUGCAUGCGUGGUUGACAUGCUUGGCCGAUCCGGUCUGUUAGACGACGCGAAAGCAUUCGUAGAAGAUGGGCCCUUCAAGGACAGUGCUCUUCUUUGGCAGGCGUUAAUGGGAGCUUGUAGCUUCCACAAGAACUCAGUGGUUGGGAGAUACGCAGCAGAGAAGUUGCUCCUCCUGGACUCUGACUGCACUGCUGCUUAUGUCUUGCUCUCAAACAUCUACUCAUCAGACGGCAGAUGGGACGACAGGGCCAGGGUCAUGAAGAGGAUGAGGGAGAUGGGGUUGAGGAAAGAUACUGGCAAGAGCUGGAUUGAGCUCGAAAAGGAGAUCCAAUCUUUCGUCGUCGGACCGACGUCUCGUCCUGAUUCUGCUGGUGUUGACGACGUGCUGAUGCAGUUAUCCGCAGUUUACAGUGAUCAAGAAGAUCUGGUGGAAAGCAAUGGUUUGUGAGAUGUCAGUCAGAAAAGGAUUCCGGUUUACUUCAUUUAAAAAAAAAGAUAUCCUAAGUACACAUCCUCGAAGCCAGAUGUGGAGCGUAUUCAGCUAAAGAAACUCUCAGACCAGGCAAUCUCUAAUCACGAAUCGGCCAUAUCGGGAGAUGGAGAAGCAGACGAAUGUGGAGCUGCUCCAGGCCGGGGAGAUGCUCCGUGACGGCGUGUGGGUUCGUCACUCCACCGUUGUUACCGAAGAUGCACGCUGGCCCGGCGUGGCUGCGUUCCGAUGAGGGAGCACAGCCUACGCUGCCCCUGCAUGGUCAGAUGUUCUUGGCUUGGCAACGCCUUUGGGACAUCCUCCUCACUAAGGGCAGCACCAAGAAGAAGGAAGCCUAUACAUGCUAGCCUGGAUGUUAUCCAUCUUACUGACAAAAACCAUUUAACUUGCCUUGUAAUGACAGUAACUGCAACUCUGAUCUCGCAUCCUUUUUCUUUCA